AUGGCGACUGUUCUAUCCGCCGCAAAUGUAGAACACCUCACCUUUGGAUAUCGGAAUCGGACAAUCACUGCGAUAGCCGUCUGUUUUCCGCUGGCUAUAUUUGCCGUAAUCCUUCGGUUUACGGCGCGAAAGAUAGCUAGGGCUGGAAUAUGGUACGAUGACUGGCUCUCCUGCGCAGGUUUGGUCGGGUUGGGAGUGUUUAUAUCUCUCGUCCUUGUCGAUCUUCCGGAUGACAGUGCUAUCAGGGGGGAUCCAAUACCAGAAAGCACCCUCUUAGCAAAUGCAAAAACCGUUUAUGUAGCUGAACUGUUCUACUACAUCACGCAGUUCAGCCUCAAACUCUCCAUUCUGGCAUUCUACUGGAGGCUAUUCAACGCAUCCUCGAUACGCGUUCCGAUAUAUCUGGUCACUGCUUUUUGUGUAGCUUGGUUUGUUGCAUCGUUUCUCGUCACAGCCCUCCAAUGUGUUCCAGUUGCUUCACUGUGGACGCCAGCCCUGAGGAGCUCAGCGAAAUGCGUCCGGCUGGCGCCCUUUUUCUUCGGCACCUCAAUUCCCAAUAUUGUAGCCGAUCUAUUCCUACUUGCACUUCCCAUGCCUUACGUCUGGCGCUUGAAGAUCAGCCUGACACAGAGGGUUUUCGUUAUGGGAUUUUUCCUUCUCGGCGGCUUUGUCUUAAUAGCAUCUGCCAUCCGGCUUCGGCUGCUACUCAGAAUAGACAUGCGAUCGUUCUAUGCGAACUGGGCUGUGGAGAACUCCGUUCUCUGGAGCGCGAUAGAAAACUGCAUGGCUGUCGUCUGCGUCUGCCUUCCCUCGCUCCGACCAAUAGUCAGGCUCCUUCCUUGUCCAACACGUCUGGGAAAGAGUCUGGGUUCUUCUGAUUAUACCAGCGGUGGCGACAUGCGCAUCGCUAGCAUGGAGAAUUCGGUGGAUAAAACGAAGCCGCAGCAACGACAUAUCGAGCAUGAACUGCCGGAUUGGGACGGUGCCAGCUGUUACGUUAGCGCGGAAAGGGCCGCCGAGGGUCAAUCAAUAACGACGGCGGAUGAGGAGAGUAUCAUUGUACAAACCGAGAUUCAGGUAUCGUCUGUUGAUGUGAACCGGCCGACAGCGAUAGCGUAG